UCCUUAACUCUGAUCUUGCACUUGCUUUUAUAGAAAAAACAUAUAUAUAUUGUAAAAGCAAUCCUUAUCGAAAAGCAAUGUCGGAUCUAUUUACAACUUUUGAUAGCAACAGCGGGCAUCACGAUACACCAAUGGCAUCGCCCUCACAGCACAGUCCAAUGACAAACAACAGCAACUCAUCCACACAGAAUGGUGGCACAACAACAUCAACAACGGGCCAUGCUGUUGGUGGCUCCGUUGGGGUUAGUGGCAAAACAACAAAUCAUAGUCCUGCAACUGGAGCUGAGAACACACCUAUGCUAACAAAACCACGUCUAACGGAACUGGUGCGCGAGGUGGAUACCACAACACAAUUGGAUGAAGAUGUCGAGGAAUUAUUGCUGCAGAUCAUUGAUGACUUUGUCGAGGACACUGUCAAAUCGACGAGCGCCUUUGCCAAGCAUCGCAAAUCGAACAAGAUCGAGGUGCGCGAUGUGCAGCUACAUUUUGAGCGAAAGUACAACAUGUGGAUACCUGGAUUCGGAACAGAUGAACUGCGUCCCUAUAAACGUGCAGCCGUUACCGAAGCGCAUAAACAGCGUUUGGCUCUGAUUAGAAAAACCAUUAAGAAGUACUAGAAGAUUUUAUGCUGGGAUUUCUUUGGCUUUGUCAGUUUAACAAACGCUCCACUUUAAGUUAGGCCCAUACAAUUUAUAGAAUAAGCAGCAAAGUUAAAUACUAAUAUCAUUUACUAUAAAAAUAUACAAAAUGAAGACAAGUGAUUUCCAAUAUUAAAUAAAAUUGAUCACUCAAUUAUAACUUAA